AUGGCCGACGGGCACGGCUGGUGGAAGCUGACGUUCCUGCGGAAGCGCCCGGCGGCGGCCCCGGUGCUGUACGAGAGCCCCGAGGGCCCCGCGGCGCCCGGCGGGGACAGCGCGGACGGGCCCGGCCCCGAGGGCACCCCCGCGCUCGCCGCCCGCCUGGAGAAGAUCGUGGACAAGAGCGCCAAGGGCAAACACGUCAAGGUCUCGCACUCCGGGCGCUUCAAGGAGAAGAAGAAAGUGAGGGCGACGCUGGCCGAGCACCCCAACCUGUGCGGGGCCGGCGAGCGCGAGCAGCAGUGACCGGGGAGCGGAGGGGACUCAGGAUGGAGCCGAUGGAGCCGAUGGAACCGAUGGAGCCGAUGGAAUUACCUGCGGGAUGAUCCCUGAGCUGCGGGACUGAGCCGGGGCGGAGCGGGGCCGGCGCUCCCCGCGCUGCCCAGCGCGGACUGGUCCGUACUGGGAUGAGGACACUGCCCGCGGGGCCCGCCCGGCUCUGCCCCGAUCCCGAUCCCGAUCCCA